AUGAUUUGCAACACUUUGCUCGUCGUUGCAUUGAGUCUGGGUCUCGUCCAAGCAAGCCCUAUCGCCAAGCGCGAUGCUGCGACAGUGCUUUCCGACCUUGAGACUAUUGGAAAUGACGUUACUACUCUCAAGACGGACGUUACCAACUGGACCGGAGACCUUCUCGCAGCUCUAGGCAUUUUGUCCGAUUACAACACCGUCAAAAGUGCUUUGGACACGGCUAUAACUGAUACGGAGGCUGCUUCCGCAUUCACCGAUACGGAGAGUUCCAGCAUCACAACUGAAGUAACUUCUCUAGCCACGAUCAUUAUAGCAACCCUAGAUGAGCUUAUCUCCAAGGAGUCUACUGCGGCAUCUGCGGGCGUCACUUCCACUUUGCUCUCCUCCCUGGAGACACUCAAGACCGACACGGACGAGCUGGGGGCGGACCUGGAGGCGAAGGCCACCACGACGGAUGCGGCAACUAUUGCCUCGACUCUUGCCUCCAUCGACGCGGCAUUUUCGAGUGCAAUUGCUGCCUAUGAGUAA